AAUCCCAUUUUGAUACCGUUAAAGGCGCACUUUAAAAUGGUGCCGUUGUUGUCAGCCUCGAGACCCAGAGGAAAACUAGCCGUUACUUGCCCUAACGUCUUUACAUUACAUUUCAUCACUAAUCUAUUACUCGCUCACCAAACCCUGAUUUCUUGCAAUCAAUUCUCAAAUAAACAAAAACCCAUCUUUCUUUGUACUUUGAUUUCAAAGAGAAUCAUGGCAUCAAGAACGGUUGCAAAAGACAUAAUCACUCUCCGUGGCUCUGCAGCGAUUGUUAGUGAGUUCUUUGGUUAUGCAGCAAACAGUAUACUUUACAAUCGAGGGGUUUAUCCAGAAGAAAGUUUUGUGAAAGUGAAGAAAUAUGGGCUCCCAAUGCUGCUUACUCAAGAUGAAGGUGUUAGAUCCUUUAUUUCUAACUUGAAUGCUCAGUUAUCAGAAUGGCUGGAAGCUGGAAAAUUACAGAGGGUUGUUCUGGUGAUCAUGAGUAAGGCCACCAAUGAGGUCCUGGAGAGGUGGAAUUUCAGUAUCGAGACUGAUAGUGAGGUUGUUGAGCAAGGAGUGUCAAGGGAAAAGAGUGACAAAGAAAUUAUGAGAGAGAUCCAGGCAAUCAUGCGUCAGAUUGCAUCAAGCAUUACUUACUUGCCAUGCCUUGAUGAAUCUUGUGUUUUUGAUGUGUUAGCAUACACUGAUAAAGAUGUUGCAGUCCCAUUCACCUGGAUUGAGAGUGACCCCAAACUUAUUGCCAAUCCACAAAUGGUGAAAUUGCAUUCAUUCGACACCAAGAUACACAAGGUUGACACUCUGGUUUCGUACAAGAAUGAUGAAUGGGAUGAACAGUAGAGGUGGCCCUAUCUUUUGUGAACUGUUUGUGGAUUUCUGCUCCGGUGUCUGUCACUGUGAAUCUUUUAUUCACAUGUUCUAAGAUCGGUUGCUAGAAAAGUAUGUACCGAUUGUAAUCGAUCAUGUCUGUUUUUGUCGAAGUUGAAAUGAAGGAGCAAAUCUAGACCUGGCUUCCCUGUUUUACUUGUAAUGAAUGCAAGUACAUCGAAUAUGAAUCCACAACGAAGAAACUUUAGCUA